AACCGAAACUCGAGGCUCUGAAACCGUUGAACGAUAUGUACAUUGUCGUUUCAACACCCUCGUCAUUUUAAUCUCAUAUUCUUUGCUCGUUAAGUGUAUUGCUAAAUUCAUAAUUAAUUUGUUAUAAUUUAGUUAACUGUUUAUUGUUUUGUGUAGUUUUAAUUUAAAAUGGCUCAUAAUAAAGCGGACGACGUCGUUAUUCCUGAAACGAUAAUAGACAGAAGUACGAAUACCAGAUAUGCCCGGGGAAAGUUCUACGGCAAGGGAGGUUUCGCGAAAUGUUACGAAAUCAAAGAUAUGGCUACCGGUCGCACGUACGCUGGAAAAAUCGUAUCGAAAAAGUUGCUAACGAAGAGUAACCAAAAAGAGAAAAUGACCCAAGAGAUAAACAUCCACAGAAGCGUCAAUCACAAACAUAUCGUCGGUUUUCACGGCUUCUUCGAAGAUGAUGAAUUCGUCUACGUCGUAUUAGAAUUAUGCCAUAAAAGAUCUCUUAUGGAGUUACACAAACGCCGAAAAGCUUUAACCGAACCGGAAACUAGAUACUAUAUGAAACAGAUACUGGACGGUGUGCUGUAUUUACACGAUAAUGGAAUUAUUCAUAGAGAUUUAAAACUAGGUAACUUAUUCUUAAACGACGAUAUCGAAGUAAAAAUCGGCGAUUUUGGACUCGCUACGAAAAUCGAAUACGAAGGCCAACGUAAAAACACCGUUUGCGGUACGCCGAAUUACCUGGCUCCUGAGAUUAUUAAUAAGAAAGGACACAGUUUCGAAGUUGAUGUUUGGUCUCUUGGUUGUAUUAUGUACACGUUACUCGUUGGCAAGCCUCCUUUCGAAACGAAUUCGUUACGAGAAACCUACGAACGUAUUAAACGCUGCGAUUACAAAAUCCCCACUCAAAUCAAAGCUCCUGCUGCUAAUCUAAUCUACUCCAUGUUAUUACCAGAUCCAAAGAAAAGACCCACCGUUAAGCAAAUCAUCAGCUCUGAUUUUUUCAAUGGUUAUAUACCUUCUAAACUGCCAGUUUCGUGCUUAACUGUUGCUCCUCGAUUCGACUCUAUGGCUGUUAAAGAACGUCUUUCGUUGGGUCGCAGACCGUUGGCUGAAGUCAAUAAUGGAGGUGAAAACAGUCCAGCUUUGGUCUCGAUGAAGAAUAACAUUAAAGCUGAUCCCGGUUCCGGAGACGUUUUUGGAAAGAAAGCCGGCGGUAUCAUGGCCACAACGGCCGAAUGUAACGAUCACCUCAGAACGUUGCACAGACAAUUACAGAAAGUUUUAAGACACAAACCAUCUCAUUUCCAAAGUGAUGCUGAGGAAUUAACCGAUCCUGCUGCUCAACCGUUCGUCUGGAUCAGUAAAUGGGUCGACUAUAGCGAUAAGUACGGUUUCGGGUAUCAGCUAUGCGAUGACGGAGUAGGCAUCAUGUUCAACGAUAAAAGUCGUAUUGUCUUAUUGGCUAAUCAGAAGAACGUACAUUACAUCGAAAGAGACGGAACCGAGAAUUACUACACGAUGGAUAACACGCCGCCCGCGUUAGAGAAAAAAGUCAAAUUACUGUCGUAUUUCCGAAGAUACAUGAAGGAACACUUGAUGAAAGCCGGAGCCUCGAUCCAAGUACAGGAAUCAGAUUCUCUAAGUCGUAUACCCUAUUUGCACACGUGGCACAGAACCCCAUCCACUGUGAUUAUGCAAUUGACCAAUGGCACGGUACAGAUGAAUUUCAACGAUCACACCAAGAUAAUCAUGUGUCCUUUGAUGGGAGCAGUCACCUACAUCGACACCGAGAAAAAUUUCCGUACGUAUAGAUUUUCGACGAUAAUGAAAAACGGUUGUAACCCAGGUCUUUCGUCUUGUUUGGAUUAUGCUGCUAAAAAAAUCGAAAAUUUACUCAGAAGCCAAUAGUAUUAUGUGUUCCUUGAAAACUUGAAAGUCGUUCGUUGUAAUAUAUUCCGAAUACAGGCGGUUCCCUCGUUCUGCCCUUUUUUAACUCCUUGACUCCCUAUUUUAGUACGAAAAAAAUUCAUUUUAUCUAAUUUUAAAAUUUUUUAAAGUUUAUAUUAGAAAUUAAUUCAGUAAAAAUAAGAUUUUUUUUUAAAUGUGGUUUUUUUUCAUCACUGUAUUAUAUACUUUUUAAAAACUAAAAAAAUUUAUGUCGAUUAAAAUUAAAAUCCGUUAUGGUUUUUUGUUUCUUGAAUCGUCCCAAUUUCCCAACCAACUCUGCUUAUCUUAUGUGUCGAAUUUUAUUACGCAUAUGAUUCAUUCCCUAGGCUUAUAUAAUGCAAUAUUCAUUUAUGCCUAGACAUAUGUACACUGUGAUGUUCGAUUUUUCCAUUUUUAGCAUGAGACUGUAGUCGAAUCGACUAUACCUUUUUGCAGUUUUUUUUCUUUUUUUUUUCUUACUCUUAUUCUUUUCAGUACUAUUUUUAUGAUUUAUCUUUUCUACUUAUGUGUAGUGAAUUUAGUGUAUUCAGUAACGUAACAGUGUGAAUAUUAUUUUUAGUACUUGCAUUUUUUUAAAAAUAAUAUAGUCUUAUCGUAUCGAG